AUGGCACCGAGCUCCGUCCGCAUCACUCGGGUGGAAUGCUCAGAGUUCGGCACGUGUUUGACAGGCCCGGGCCAUCGCUUCCCAACCGGAGCGCAGGUUCGUUUGGAGGGGUUGCCAGGGCUCGACUCCCAGACCUUCCUCGUGGAGCAUCCCUCUGGCCACAAGUUCUCCAUCAGCCACGAGAUCUCCGUGAUCGUGAAACGCAUCGAUCCUGUCGGCUCCAUCGUUCAUACCGAAAGGCCUCACCAGCUUGGCAGGGUGCACGACCUUCGACUGAGCGCCUAUGAUGCAAGUGCUCAGGCACCGGUGGAGCGUUUCUGCAUCAUGGGCCGAGCCCUCGAUGAAUCGUCGCUGUACUUGGAAUCUUUUCGCGAGGCCACGAAUACCUUCGGCCCAGCUGAGCUCUUGGCAGAAUGGACCGACGGAGUCCUUUCCACGCCCUACCCUACCGGCAUAGUCGUUCCACAGCACGCCUGGAAGCAAUACGAUUGCUGCCGUGGAUCCGCAGUGUUGGUGUGCAGGCCGCCCUUGUCGGAAGAGUCGUGCCUGCGCGAGUGGCAGGGAGCCCUGAGUGCGGCACGCGAGGUGGGCGGUGGCACCGUGUUUAAGACCUCCGUGCAAGCAGAGCUGGACGUGCAUGACUGUUCAAGGCUGCAUGUCCAGCACUCGGGAUGGGCUGAUUGCAACGGAAUCUAUCAAAGAAGUGGCCAUCUUACGUUCAGCCUCGGAACGCUGAUCUCCAUCGCUCACGUUGAGGAGCUGGGCAUGUGGUGCCUUUUUGCUGAUGUUGUGGCUCUGUAUCCUUUGUCUGACCAUCGUGCCCACAUGCGCCUCGGAAAGUGGGACGGUCCACAGCUCCUUUAUGCGCGGACGGGCGGUCCGCUGGGUUACUGGGAGCCAGUGAUAGGCCCGGGCCCUGGACCUUUUGUGGAGGUUCACAAAGAGGUGAGUGUUCAGCAGUCUCCUUCAACCCAAUCCACGUGGCUCUUACACCCUAGCGUCGGCUCUAUGGUUUUAGACCUCCUGUUCAACUAUGCUCAGGCAAGCUGGUCCGGUGGGCUCUGUAGCAGCGGCGUCUACGGCCUCAGCUCUCUGGAAGCCUUAGUGUCGGCUUUGGAACUGUGGGUGCACCUCCGCAUGUGCUCCGCUGUGUGCAGAUGCUGGCACGAGGCUUUGGAACCUUUUGAAAGUUUGACGGGCUUGUGCAGGAAGGCCUUGCGAAUCCCAAAGGCCUCACUGCCUUUACCUUCUGUCCAAGAAGCGGUUCGAGCCAGUUUGCUUUUUGGAAGCCGGUGGAACGAUGCUCUCUCCAUGCCAAACAUGAUGAUAUUUCGGAGGCACACGUGGCCUGCACAUGUGUCGGCGGUUGAUAUAUCAAGUCAGCUCAACCCCGAGGAUGAUGUCCGUGAUAACCCAGCCUCCACACUUUUGGAAGAGAAGGCGACAGCUUUUUCUCAACUUGCUCGAUGCAUUCUCCGCGGCCUGCCUUUACCUUGGCAGGCAACUUCGUUCAUGCCUGGGUAUCGCACGCAGGGAGAUGGCCGCAGAUUCGCAUGGUGUCAAUUGUUAGAUUUCCACAAGCCUGAUAGACCGCCUACUGCGUAUGUGAGCACAGACACGCAAGGGCACAUGGAGCUCCGGCUGCCCGAUGGUUCGAGGGCCCUCCCGCACUCAGCUGAUGCAUUGAGGCCGUUAGCCGCUCAGGGGGGGCUACGUCAGACAAUGCAAUCUCGAUCAUGGGUUUCACGUCGGAAGGAGCCCCGCAGCCCAAACGAUCCAUGUGGACUGUUUGCUUGCGGUGGGCCGGCGUCCCCGUGUCAUGUAUGCAAGAAAGACAAAGAAGGGAGAAGGAAGCUGGGGUUUACUCAGUUGCAGGCAGGGUAUUCUUUAGAGUUCCAGACUACCAGCGGUUCCAAGAUAUCUUUUGAGAUCGAGGUAACCGUGCUCCCGUUCUUCUCGACAUCGAAGGACCCUCAGCUCGUCGACCAUGCAAGGGCAUUGCUCGGCGGGAUGCAAGAAGACGAUAGCAGUCCCGAAAUGGCGGACAGCAGCUCCGGAAUCGAUGUGGAUGAGGAAAGUGCGGAGAGUAACGAUGUGCUGUCUGGUAUCAGUUCCGAAGAUGAGCAGCUGAAUGAUGAAUCCGAUGCCGAGAUCGAUGCCGAAGAUGGACAACCCGAGUAA